AAUGAGGCUGCCAGCCAUGACUUAAUUCCUCAAUUAUUCAAAGUAGUAAUUAUAACUCUGCCGAAACAAUUUUACUAACCCCAAUCUGGUGUAAGCCCGGUCAAACACAAAGAAAAGUGACAAAACGGCAAUGAAAAUCUGAGUUUAAUUAAUAGAAACUUUGCAUUAAUUACCACUUUGAUUAGAUUAGAUUAGAGUGCAAGGCUAAUUGUAGGCAUUAGCUUGGAGGUUUCCUGUGUGAAAGACAUUUGUCACGAUGUGUUCGUUUCCAUCGUUGUUACAAAGCUAAUUCGUCAACUGCCCCCACUAAAUCUUUGCAUCAAACUCAACUAAUUGUAACUUCAGAUAUUUAGCACGUCAUUACAGACGUAUGUGUUUCGGGUUAACUGAAGACUGAAGAGGAAUUUUCAGGCUGUAGUACGAUGAUCGGAUUCCGGCAACCAGAGGGUAAAUUUGGGCGAUUGGUCCCUGAGUACCACCGGUUAUUUUAAAGGUAUAAAAUCUAAACAAAAAACCCCCUAAUCAGUAGCAAAGAGUUAUGAAUCAAUACUAUUAAAACUCAAUGUUAGAAAUUGCAGAAUUUAUAUACCAUAAAGAGCUUGCCCGGAUCAUUAGAGAAGACAUCAUUGGAGUUAGCUUUCCCCGAUGGGCUGUUAGGGAGGAGUAACUUUUGGCCUGCUGGCUCCGUCUUUUUUCGACGGUUGAGUUUGUUUUUUGUCUCCUGCUUGCGAGCGGAUGUUGAGUUUUAGCUGGUAGCUGGGCGUUUGCCUGUUGUUUGCUCCUGGUAGAGCUGUUCCUUGGCUCUUACCUCCCUUUUAUAAAAAAAAAAAAAAAAUUUGAAAACGCAUACCAGUUGUAAUCAACAACAAUAACUAACAUUUUUUUUUUUAUAAUCAACAACGAUGGAUAUCCAAUGCAACAACAAUUAAUACUAGGAACUAAUGAAUGCAUACCUGUAACAAGUUGAUGUACAAUAGAAAUUUGAGCAAUCAUAUAUACUCGUAAAACAUUAAUACCAUAAAUCGUCCAAUCCACCUUAGAUAUAUUCUGACGAACAACCGAAUGCCAAUGACAAGGUAGUAGAAGCUCUUACAAGAAAAAGUUCUCAAAUAUAUUCUACGUAAAUCGUAGUCAAAAUUGUAUUUUAAAAAUACCUUCAGGUCACCAAAACGCUUCCACGUAAAAUUGCGUUUUUCACUUAUAAGUGUAGUCAAAAUCUACGUUUUAAAACCUAAAAGCUUACGUAUUGGCCUUUUUACAUAUUCAUCCACAUUAUAUUUCUAACUACCGGCUUUCCAACGUGACACUUUCCUUAUUAUAAUUUGCAACAUGCUACAUCUUAUCAUUAUAUAUUUAGUUAUCAACCGGCAUUUGCAACACUUGCAAGUUGCAAUUAUAUAUAUCGUUAGAGAUUUAGAGUAAUAAAACCCAACUUAUUAAUUUACAUUUGUUUUAUGUUCUCGUAAGUAUCAAACAUGAAAUAGUAUAGUAUUGAAACCGAGGAAAGGAAAGGAACCCUCUUGUCUCUCUUCUCGCCCAGUCAACAUUACGUACAUUUCUUCCUUUCCCCGUUUCACAUUCAAACUUUUCCCCACGUACGUCAUUUUACAUAUAUAAUUCCCUGUCUCCAUUCCCCUUCUCUAUAUAAACCAUCCAAUUAAGCUCCCCAGUCCCCAACCACCACCCAUCAAUAUACGUUGAUCUUCUUCAACAAGUCCAAAUCAAACUUCAAUUCAAUUCAACUUUCUCUGUUUCUCUUUCAGAAGCUUUUCGAUCAUAGCUCUAGCUUCCUCCAGCAUGGCCAGAAAGCUUCUUAUGCUUCAACACUCCUUGAUCGCCUUCUCCUUCCUGGCUCUCUUUCUGGCCGCCGUCCCGCUUGCCUCCGCAGCUACUGAAGUUGAGGAUGAGAGGGAGUUUACGUACAUGCCGGACGGGGAGAACGGGCCGAACCGAUGGGGUGAGAUUCAUCCAGACUGGCACAGUUGCAACAGCGGGAAGUUGCAGUCUCCCAUUGAUAUGCUGGACGAGAGAGUUGACGUCGUCUCUCAUUUGGGGAGGCUUAACAGAAGCUACAAGGCGGCCAAUGCCACUCUCGUGAACAGAGGCCACGACAUGAUGAUGAGGUGGGAAGGUGGAGCGGGAAGCAUUCGAGUAAAUGGAACUGAAUACACUCUCGAGCAAUGCCAUUGGCACACUCCUUCCGAGCACACCAUCAACGGCAAGAGAUAUGCCAUGGAGGCUCACAUGGUUCAUGAAAGUGCCGAUGGCAAAAUUGUUGUCGUUGGCAUUCUAUACACAAUAGGAAGGCCCGACUCAUUCCUUCAAUCGAUACAACAUCAUUUGGAGGAUGUAGCCGGGACUAAGGAAGACGAGACGACGGUGGGGGUAGUGGAUCCGAGAGACAUCAAGAUCGGCAGCAGAAAGUACUAUCGAUACAUUGGCUCGCUUACUAUCCCUCCUUGCACCGAAAACGUUACGUGGAGUAUUGUUAAAAAGGUUAGAACCGUCUCUAGAGAACAAUUGAGGUUGCUUCGCGUGGCUGUUCAUGAUGAUUCAAACUCAAACGCUAGACCAUUGCAGCCUAAGUUUGGAAGGAAAGUGAAUCUCUUUAGACCAGAAGAGGGCAAAGAUGACUAAAUGGUUCACUAGCACAAGGAUAUGUCGUUAAAUGGGGGUGUGUUAAGUAUUCAUUUUUUGAAUUUUGAUGAUUAAUUGAGGCAUAUUUUUACACUUUUUUUUAUUAUCAAGUUAUCAGUAUUGUAUACCAGGCAUGUUUUUAAUAUUUGUACUUUGUUACAUAAAGAAAUAAAUCAAAUAAUGAACUAUUCAUUGUUGG